CAGCGGAGCCCGGGAAGCUUCAGAAGAGCCUCUUUGCAGCUCCGCCGAGGGAGAGCUCAGCUUUCUGCCCAUUAAAGGAUUAAGUUCGCCACAAUGGUAAACAAUCCCUCCUGUUUCUUUUCCCUUGCAAUCACCCUUUGCGUCCUGCUGGAAGAAGGCCUGGGCCUCCCUCCGGCAGAGCCUCACCUGGCAGCGGGCAGCGGCAGGCACCUGAGGACCAAGCGCUGCUCCUGCCUCAACUGGAUGGACAAAGAGUGCAUUUACUUCUGUCACCUUGAUAUUAUCUGGAUCAACACGCCAGGCCACUCCACACCCUACGGUCUGGGUAAUACACAAAGGCGUCGGAAGAGAUCACUCAGCAGGUGCGAGUGCUCGCAUUCAAAGGACAGUGUCUGUGCGACCUUCUGCCGUGGCAAGCCUUGGUGAGUGUUCAGAUGUCUCCCUAUCCUUAGACCUGCCUUUCUCAACUCAGGGUCCUCCAUAUGUUCUUAUCUCUAACACCCAUGGCCAGGCAUCCCCAAACUGUGGCCCUCCAGAUGUUUUGGCCUACAACUCCCAUGAUCCCUAGCUAACAGGACCAGUGGUCGGGGAAGAUGGGGAUUGUAGUCCAAAACAUCUGGAGGGCCGAAGUUUGGGGAUGCCUGCCCAUGGCUAAUGAUCAAGGAUAAUGGGGAUCUCAGCUCCAUGAUGUUUGGGUUUGAAUGUAAUGCUAAACUAUGGUUAACCUAAGCCCAUGUUUAUAAAGCAACUACUAACCUUAGUUAAUGCACAUCUGUUAACCAUAGAUCUGCCAAUUUUGCUU